UCAUGACUGACCAUGUCCAUUACUACGAAGGGCAAGAGAGAGAGAACGUGUGCUUUGAAAAACCCUAGCUCAGCCAGUGUCUGAGUAGUGAAUAUUGUGUGUGUGUGUGUGUGUGUGUGUGUGUGUGUGUGUGUGUGUGUGUGUAGGCUAAAAUGGGUCUGUCACUGUCUGGCUGGCUGGGUGGUAUCCCAGCCAAGAUGAAGAAGGAUGCUCCCUCCUCCUCCUCCUUCCUCCCGCUGUCCAUCCCUACCUCCUCCCGCCUUUCACUCCUCCUAAACUCCUCUCCCGUUGACCCUGGAGACCCCCGGUGCCGCUGGAGCCCCACACACUGUUCACCUCACUUCCUGCUGUCCCAGUGCGGGGAGGAAGUGACACGCGCACCCACCCAGCAGAUCAGCGACGGGGCUCGGGGGGAGAAGGGGGAAAGGGGAGGAAUGCACGUCUGGGAGGUGCUCUGGUGCCCCACCCACAGAGGAAGUCACGCUGUGAUUGGUGUAUCCACGGAGCACUGCCCGCUACAAACCUCUGGUUACACUGCACUGAUGGGCGGAGACUCACAGUCCUGGGGAUGGGAACUCACAAAUAAUCAGCUAUGGCAUGCAGGGCAAGCCCUGGGGAGAUACCCCGGGGAGAGAGGGGUGCAGGCGGAAGAGCAAUCUGUGUCCCCCCCUCACCCUGUCCCAGAGCGCGUGCUGCUGGUUCUGGACGCGGACACAGGAACUCUGGGAUAUGUAGUAGAUGACUGCUUCCUGGGCAUGGCCUUUAAGGACCUCCCCCAAGGGGUGGAGCUUUUCCCGGCCAUCAGCAGCGUAAGGGGUGGAGCCUUCAUACGACUACGCUACCUCAACGGAGCUACCUGUGAGCCUCCUGCACUGAUGGCUCUCUGUGGUCUGUCCAUCCAUGUGUCCAUGGGGAAAGAGAGAGAGACUCAGACAGACAGACUACCUCUGCCUCCUCCUCUUCAACGCUACAUCCUGCCCAGCAUGUGACACACACACACACACACCCACAAACUAUAGAGUAAAUAGGAAAGUUCUCACUGACCCAAUGUCCAUAUACUGCUAAAUUAAAGAACAGUUUUUAAUUGAAUUAUGCAGGUCAUCCAGAAAAUAAAUGAGCAUCUCUGUAUUUUAGGGACCAAUGAGUGGUUUGUGUAACAGCAAACCAUCAUUGGACAGUGCUGGACGCAUUGUGAUGUUAGCUCCUCUCUGGCCUGGGACAUCCACGGUUGCUCUCUGUCCAAUCACAUUUCUUCCCCCGCGUCGUGUUUUUGCCAGGUUGAAUCCAACUUCAUCCACAAAGAUGAAUGUAUGUGCAGUUUGCCUGUCUUCCAUCUCCAUUACUCUCUAAAAUACAGUAAAUCCACAGUUUUACAGUACUUUACAUUAUGCAUAGCUGUGUAUAUACCCUGUUAUUGAACAGACAUCUUACCUGGACAUAUUGAUACCCGAGUUCUUUCACACAUUCACCGUUUCUCUCAAAAGGUUCAGUGUUCAACUGCUUCAUCCUUAUUUUAUGUUUCUCUAGGACUCUGGCAAUUGUCGUUGUGCUGACCGUAUUCACAUUCCCAACAGUGAUAUUGUCUGCCAGCACCCUGUCCCGAAUUUCCCGCAGUUUUAUUGCAUUGUUGCCAAUUACCAUGGCAAUUUCCUGCGCAUCUGAUAAUAUUCUACCUCUCCCUCCUGUGGGAGGCAACCUUUGGAUCCUACUGAAAAACACAAAACAAUCAAUAUAUUUCAAAAUGUAAAAAUGUGAACAUACUGUAUUGUACUGUAAUAUGUAGUUAAAUUAUCAUUGAAGGAUGCACAUCUCACCUGUUGUUUUGCCUGAAAAUCCGUACUAUUGAUGCAACUGUUGAACGCUGCAGAUUUGGUUGCACCCUUAAACCGGCCUCUCUCAAAGAGAGACCAUGGUUUACAACAUGGUCAAUAAUUGUGGCCCUUAUCUCAUCCUCCACGCAUUCUCCCUCUCCCUGCCACAAUUAUAUGUUUUCGUGUAUUUAUUGAACACACCAUGUAAACAUUCACAGUGUAGGGUGGGGAAAGUAUGUGAACCCUUGGAUUUAAUAACUGUUUGACCCUCCUUUGGCAGAAAUAACCUCAACCAAACGUUUUCUGUAGUUGCGGAUCCGACCUGCACAACGGCCAGGAGGAAUUUUGGAGCAUUCCUCUUUACAAAACUGUUUCAGUUCAGCAAUAUUCUUAGGAUGUCUGGUGUAAACUGCUCUCUUGA